UCUUCCUUCCCGCCCGUCUUCCUUCCCGCCCGCCCGCUGCAGCCGCCGCGCCACGACCACCAUGUCCAACCAACAGCCCGAAGACGAGCUCGCUCCCACCCGCACAGAAGGCUACAAGCUAGGCCACUCAAAGACUGUCGCCGAGCUCGCUGCUCUCGACCAGGACGACGAAUCUUUGCAACGCUGGAAGCAGUCUCUUGGUAUCGCUGCAGGGGCCUCUGCCGGCGGUGAGAAGCGCGUCGUUCUCAAAUCGCUCUUCCUUUCAUCACCUACACUCCCCAGCGAGAUCACCAUCGACCUCACCCAGUCUAAAGAUGCGCUUGCAAAGCUCAAAAAGGAUCCAGUGACCAUCAAGGAGGGCGUCGAGUACUCUGUCGGCAUCACCUUUAUGAUUGAAAACGAAAUUGUCUCUGGUCUCAAAUACCUCCAGGUCGUUAAGCGCAGUGGAAUCACUGUCGACAAGACGGAGGCCAUGCUUGGAUCUUACGGCCCCCAGCCAGAACCUUUUACUAAAGUAUUUGCCUCUGAAGAGUCGCCCUCUGGGAUGCUGGCUCGCUCAGGUACCUAUGUCGUCAGGAGCCGAGUAAUCGACGAUGACAACACUAUCUGGCUUGAUUUCGAAUGGGGCUUCAAGCUCGGCAAGGAAUGGUAAACAGGCCGGAUAGUCGCAGAGAGUGGUGAAAAGAAAAGAAUGGAACGGUUUGUAGCUUUUGUAUAUACCAUCAUGCAGUUUGUCAUCUUGUUCA